AUGAUCAAGGCCAUCCUCAUCUUUAACAACCACGGCAAGCCCCGGCUCUCCAAGUUCUACCAGCCCUACAGUAAAGAUACACAACAGCAAAUCAUCAGGGAGACAUUCCACUUGGUAUCUAAGAGAGAUGAAAAUGUUUGUAAUUUCCUUGAAGGAGGAUAUUUAAUUGGAGGAUCUGACAACAAACUAAUUUAUAGACAUUAUGCAACAUUAUAUUUUGUCUUCUGCGUGGAUUCUUCAGAAAGUGAACUUGGCAUUUUAGACUUGAUUCAAGUAUUUGUGGAAACUCUGGACAAGUGUUUUGAAAAUGUUUGUGAAUUGGAUUUAAUUUUCCAUGUAGAUAAGGUUCACAAUAUCCUUGCAGAAAUGGUGAUGGGGGGAAUGGUUUUGGAGACCAACAUGAAUGAAAUUGUCACACAAAUUGAUGCACAAAACAAACUGGAGAAAUCUGAGGCUGGCUUAGCAGGAGCUCCAGCCCGUGCUGUAUCAGCUGUAAAGAAUAUGAAUCUUCCUGAGAUCCCAAGAAAUAUUAACAUUGGUGACAUCAGUAUAAAAGUGCCAAACCUGCCCUCUUUUAAAUAAACAAUUAAAAAGGCCACUCCCAGGUAAAACUCCAGGGGGGGACAAGUCAUCUAAGUUUACCAUGCAGUUGUUUACCAAAAA